UCAUCUUUAUCUCUCUUUUUCCUAUUUAGUAUAGAUUUGUUAUGAUCUAUAUAUAAAGUUUAGAGCCAAAAAAGUGCAUUUGAUAAAAGAGCCAUCAUCACCCCAUCCAAGACAUAACCAUGGCUAGGAGAAAGAAAGUGACACUAAAACUGAUUGAGAAUUUUGUGGCAAGAAAAGCUCGUUACAGAAAAAUUCGAGAAAAUUUAUUGAAGAAGGUGGAAGAUCUUACGACCCUUUGUGAUGUGAAUGCAUGUGCAAUCAUCUAUGGUCCAGGGGACGACGUGCCAACCGUGUGGCCAUCCCAUGAUAUUGCUAAAGAGUUGCUCGACAAGUUUGAGAAUGCUCCAUUGCCAGAACGAUUGAAAAAAAAUGUUACUCCACAACUUUAUAUCGACCAGAUGAACAGAAAGAUUGAAAAACAAGUCAUGAAACUGAAGAAGAAGAACGAUGAGAAAGACAUGUCAAAUUUCUUGCACAAUAUACAUGAUGGUAAGUCUUUAUCAGAUCUUGAUGCUAGCGAUAUAUGUCGUUUACUUUGUUACGUGGAGGGAAAAUUGAAGUGUGCUGGAGUAAAAGUUCACAUUUCUGAACAACAGUUAUCAACUAAAACUCCGACACCACUAGUUUCUUUUCCUCUGCAGAAUGACAUUGAUUCUUGUGCUAACAUAGAUGAACAGGUUUUUCAACAACAAUCAUUCUUAGAUUCAACGAAAGAAACUGGUCCAAUGAAUAGUGAUUCCGAUAAUAAUAAGAAUACGGGACUACCACCACUACAGCAACACGCACAUGAUAAUACGGGGUUGUCUCAAGUUAAUUUUGAAAGUUUGAAUUUGGAUGAUAUUGGGCUUUUACAUGGGAGUUCUUCAGGUGGAGAAAUUACAGGCAAUGACAUAUGGUCAUCUUAUGAAAGUUUUGGAGACAUAAGUGAGAGUGAUACCAUGUUGCCCUUCAACAAUAAUGUUCAAGACAACAUUGAUGGAACUUUCAUGGGAGCAAACGUUGAAAAUGAAGGUGUCUCCAUUAAUAAUAUAGAGUUAAGCGGUGAUCAAAGAACUACCAGUGGAGGACACUUGAACUCCUGAUUUUCUUCUCAUGCAAAGGAAGUGAUAUUAAUUAAAUGGUCAACAUUUUAAUAGUUUGUUUCCUAGUGAUAGAUAUGCUAUCUAGUAUAUGUUAAAGACAUUAUCAAUUAUCUUCAUGGAUAUGUAUUUUGUUUGAAGUGUUUCUUUUUUAUGUAUUUGAGACAAACGUAUAAUAUAA